CAGGCUUCCAAAAACCGCCGAGUACGGUUUGUUUACUUUUUAUUUUGCGUUAUUUUCUCUCAACUCAUCCAGCGUGUGCGUGUGUGCAUUCGUAAAACCGCGAUCGCACAGUUUGACGCCCGACCGCCAUCGCUCUCGCGCUGAUUUUACAUGCUCACCGUCUUGCUGUCUCUCUCACACACUCUCUCGGCAAUAGGGUGCGCGCAAAAGGGGUUGGUGUUUCGCGCGUUGUUUGCCGCGCUGUGGUAUUACAACGCUACAGGCAGCUCCGUGGUGCAGCUUGAUCCAGACGCACACGGUACAGAGGUUCGUUACUAUGGCUUCCAUAUCCGGCAUACUACGAUAAAGUAAACCGAGAGCGGGUCAGAAACACCGAAAGCCGUGCGUGGUUAGUGUUUUUUUGAAAAUGUCACUUCUUCUCCAAGCAACCCGUCGAAGAACCAGUUUAGUUUAGGGUUGCCUCCCGUCCAAGUUCGUCGCCAGUUAUCCAUCCAUAUCCGUGUGGUUUGCAACAUGAUUCAUACGAACGUGCCCGCGUACGAUGUUGUGUUAUGAUGAGAUCAUAACUUACUCGCCGAAGCAUACGCAAUGAGGUAAUGCGUUAUUUCUAAGUCGCACCGGAAUGCAUACAUAGCUUAAAUCCGAACCAACUCAAGGACGGGCGAGUUUUAAUUUAUUCAUGGUUGUGCAGCUGUGUUUAUGGUCGAUUCGGCAGGCUGUGCUGGGUGUGUAGUGCCACAAGGGAGAAAGAAAAGAAAACAAGAAAUCCAAUCGUCGCUCGGUGGUUGUGUGGUGCGCUUCGUUCGCACUAAAUCAACGUUGGUGGAGUGAAAAUCGCACAGAACGUGACCGGAACCAUGACGAUUCUGUGCUCCCAUCAUCGUAUCGUGGAAAAGGAACCGUCCAAAGUAAAUCCACGCUGGAAGUCCUGUACCGUGUUUUCGUUGCUGAUGAUUGUGUCAUCGUGCCUGGUGGUUAGUUUCAGUUUGCACGGUCUAAUUGCAGACUACAAACACCAUUGUUUGCUAAAAGCAAACCUACAUUUUGUGCCGAUAGCAGUCGAGAACGGCUCCGAUACCGGAACGAACCAAACGACUGUUCAAUAUGGCAUUGAUGAAUAUUGGAGCAAUUGGAACAGUGGGUUGUACUGUGAGACCCUCAAAAACAUGCCACUCUUCCAAGGAAUCUGUUGUACGAUAUGGUUAGCUCUUUUCCUAGUGCACGGCCCAGGAGGAAUUCUUCCACAACCGUGGCGGAUAGUGUUUCCGUCAUUGAUAUUUUUCCUAGGCUGCACGGUAGUGUCCCUGCUAACGGCGAGUUUCAUCACCCAGGGCCUGAGGCAUCUUUGUGCCGAGUUUCAGAAGGUGGACUCAGUUCAGGGUAUGAGCUGCGCCCGGUUGAUACUUUACUUUUCAUUAGUCCAGGACACCGCGGCGCUCGUGCAGGUGGAUAAGAACUUUUUCCUAACGCUGGCAUUUUCCUGGAUCUGGGUCGGUGCUACUUGUGUUGGUUUCUUGGCAUCUUACCCCACCAGCACCAGCACGAUGACGUACAAUCUGGAUGAACUGAAAAAGCGCUCCGUCGUGGCGAGCACCUCUCACAACAUAAGCAACAAUCUGAAGCCCGCGCCCAAACAUGAGAAGGUACCGGAAUCGGGGAAAACGAUCACCGAAAUCACGCGCACCCACCGGACGGCGUACAUCAUCUUCGUGUCGCUGCUGCUGGAUCUGCUGGCGUUCACGAUGAUACUGCCGCUGCUUCCGUCCCUGCUCGAGUACUAUCGCAAGAAUGACAACCAGCUGUACGGUUACCUGGCCAACAGUAUUAAGCAAUUUCAGCUGUGGAUCGGUGCGCCGGAACGCUUCACCAGCGUCCUGUUCGGGGGAGCGCUCGGCUCGAUGUUUAGCUUUCUGCAGUUCCUGAGCAGUCCCAUCGUCGGUGCGCUGUCCGACUACUACGGGCGCAAACCACUGAUGCUGCUGUGCGCGACCGGCAUUGCCGCUUCGUACGGCAUUUGGGCGUACUCGGAAUCGUUCCUGCUGUUCGUGAUAGCACGGUUCGUCGGUGGCAUCAGCAAGGGCAACGUUUCGCUCUGUAUGGCCGUAAUAACGGACGUGUCGAACCAGCAGAACCGCGGCAAGGCGAUGGCCCUGGUGGGGAUUGCCUUUUCGCUCGGCUUCAUAGCGGGUCCCAUGAUCGGGGCGACGUUUUCCCGCUUCUCGGACAAAACCGGCACGCUGUGGUUCUUCGCACCGGCCAUGUUUGCGAUGCUGCUGGCCGUCGCCGACAUACUGUUUCUGGUGCUCUGCCUGAAGGAAACGCUGCCGAAGGAAAAGCGAUCCACGCGCAUCAUCAACUCGCUGUCGCAUGCGAUCGAUCACAUCAGUAUUAGAGCGUUGUUUCGCUUUUCCGCGGUGGAAAAUCUGUCCCAGAAGGAUGUGCGCUCGCUCAGGCGGCUGGGUGUGACGUACUUUCUUUACCUGUUCCUGUACUCCGGGCUCGAGUUUACGGUGACGUUCUUGAUGUACCACAAGUUCGGCUACACCUCGAUCGAUCAGGCGAAAAUGUUCCUUACCACAGGUGUACUGAUGGCGCUACUGCAAGGUUCCGUUGUACGCCGCCUUCCCGACCGACUGGUAAAGACUUCCGCCGUAUUUGGCCUGUAUUUAAUCAUUCCCGCCUUCAUCAUCGUCGGUUUGGCCGAGUCGUCUCCAGUGCUCUACCUGGGCAUGAUACUAUUCGCCAUCUCCACCGCGUUUGUAGUCACUUGCAUGACCACAAUCACCUCCAAGUACGGUGACUUCCAUCAGAAGGGAACUGUGCUGGGAGUGUUCCGAUCGCUGGGAGCUCUCGCCCGGGCUGUCGGCCCUAUCGUGGCCUCGAUGGCGUUCUGGAGCGUCGGUGCUCGGUUUACUUACAUCGCCGGCGGCAUACUGCUACUGUGGCCCGCACUGAUGCUGCAGUACUUAAAGCUGUGAAUGCUCCUGCUAACCCACCGCGUUGCGUCAGUUUGUGUCCUUCGUUUUUCUAUUCCGUCGUUUUUUGUAUUGUUAUAGUGUAUACAUUGUAUUUAUAAGGCACCAACAACCGGUAUUGAUAUUUUUUACAGUAUUCUGUAAACUCCUUUUUACCAACCUGUGGCUACAAUUGGCCGCAUUUGGGGUUUCGAAUCUCCGAUGUAUUCGACUAGAAGAGUAAUGUUCUGUGAAAGGAUUUAGCAAACAAAAAUUGCAUCUAAAAAACGUAGAGCAAAGCGCGUUGUGAAGUAGGUGCAAUAAAGUGGAAGUGAAGAAAGGAAGAAAGGAAGAAACAAUCUUCAACACCAGUUGAGUUUGCGAUGGAGAGUAGCAAUAUAACCAGUAUAGUGAAAUAGUUUAAGCAAUGCAGUGAAACAAUCAAACAACACGCGACAACACAUAAAAAGAACACUUUUCACUUACAACAA